AUGGCGCACGUCACGUACCUGAGCGCGGAGGAGUUCGAGCGCCUGGCAGCGGACCGAUCGAAGCGCAUCGCGGUUGUUGAUGUGAGGGACGAGGAGAGGCAGAUGGACGGGCACAUUCACGGCAGCGUGCAUGCACCCAGUGAGACCUUCCGCGACCACCUGCCGCACCUCGCCACACGCCUCUCCAACCACGAUGCUGUCGUCUUCCACUGCGCCCUCUCCCAGUGCCUUCAUGCCAUCACUGCUCCAGUGCCUUCAUGCCAUCACUGCUCCAGUGCCUUCAUGCCAUGCAUGCUCACUCGGUUGUUCCCAUGUGCGUGGUCCCAAAUGUGCCAACAUCUAUGUGAGUCAUCACCAGGAGCAGCAACAGCAACAGCAGCAGGGAGGUAG